AUGUGGUCGUAUGUGAGAGUAGAGUUUGUUCUUCUACAGUUUGUGGUCACAGGGGCGUCUUGUUUUGUUAAUUUGGCUCUCGAACAAGGAUACAGAGGAAUAGCCGACAUGGGUGCAGAUCCUCAAAAACCAUCUUGGAACGCCAGUAAAGCAAUAGAUGGCAAUGUCGCACAGGACUACAAUUCAAACUCCUGUGCUAUAACGAAUACUGAUCAAAACCGUAAUACUUCUAUAUGGUGGAAAGUGUGGUUACAAAGGCAAUUCAACGUAGCAUAUAUAGAGAUAUAUUUCAGAUCUGACACAUAUACAAGAUCAGCUGGAUUUUCUGUUUACACCUAUAUUCCGAAGACGUUUUAUCCUCUGCGUGAUCCCAAACAUCUCGUAUAUCAUCAGGAUCCCAAGUCUGGAUGUCCGGCGUCUGUUAUGAAUAUCACCGUCAACAACGUAACUCAAGGGAUCGCAUUUAUCAACACACGACCACAAGGAUAUACAUCUACCUGUCCAAAUGAUAACACGAUGUAUACUGGGAUAGAAAUAUGUGAAGUUAAAGUCAUGGGUUGUGACGCGAGAAGAUUUUCACCUCGCUGCUUGUCUCUAUGUCCAUAUAAAUGUAAAAACCGACAUUGUGACGUAUUUAAUGGAUCCUGUAUACAUGGAUGCACUGAUCAAAACGCCCUCACACUUGACUGCAUUGUAUGCCCUAAUGGAAAAUUCAUAUCAAACAAAUCGUGUGUAGACUGUCCUGGUCAUUGUAAAGAAGAAGCACCUUGCAAUAAGUUGACGGGGAUGUGUGAUAACGGAUGUGCUAAUCACUGGAAUGGAACUUUCUGCAAUAUUUGCUCCAAUCACUACUACAGCAUUGGCUGUAACACUCCAUGUGGACACUGUAAAAACAAUGACGUGUGUGACAAAGGGACUGGUUCCUGUCCUAAUGGGUGUCAGAAUCACUGGCAGGGGGAGAGGUGUAACGUUUGCUCUGAUCACUACUACGGCACUGACUGUAGCACUCCAUGUGGACGCUGUAAAAACAAUGGCGUUUGCGACAUAGGGACUGGCCGAUGUCAUGAUGGGUGCUCGAUUUACUGGGAGGGAGAGGGGUGUGACAUAUGCCAAGACGGAUUUUACAAUGCAACCUGUUCUGCUAAAUGUGGUCACUGUAUCAGAGAAGAAAUUUGUGAAAAACACGAUGGGACUUGCAUCAAUGGCUGCAGACAAAACUUCAAACCCCCUCUUUGUCAAGAAUGUGUUUCCUACAAAUAUGGCCCAAACUGUGGAUUUGAUUGUGGUCAUUGCAAAGAUGGUAAAUCUUGUGCCGCAGAAAACGGAGUUUGCUCCGAAGGUUGCGAUUCUGGAUGGAUCGGUGAUCUUUGUGUAACAGCUAAACUUAAUGCACCUGAAUUCGACAAAAAGGGAAAUAAGCUAACAACAACAGGAGUAGCAAUCAUAGCAAGUGUCUCAACAAUGUUUGCUAUCAGCCUUUUUGUAAUCUUCUACAUGUCACGACAUAUCAUGAAAAAUAAAACCAACAGACAACGUACAGAUGCAUCUGUACCGGAGAACGAAAAAGCUUCCAAGACGUACGCCGAUUUAUCAGCUAUGGAUGAGAACCAUGCGUACUCAACGUUAGGUUGUACGGUAUCGGAUACUCCAUAUAACGUGAUCAGAGACUCACAUCACAAUAUUUAGUCACAUUUCUAUGUUCCACGCCGCAGUCAGAACUUUGGAAAUUAUCUGUGA